AUGACCAAAAUUAACUUUCUACCUACAUUACAAGACGCAUAUGAACCGUUAUUCCCGCAGCAGUUAGAGGCUCUCCGUCAACAAGUUGUGUCAGAGGGGGGAGAUUUAGCGUCCAUUCAAUCACGUUUUAACUAUGCUUGGGGGUUAAUCAAGUCUCAAGAUAUAAAUGAUCAAAGAUUAGGGGUCAAGUUACUGACUGACAUAUAUAAACAAGAACCUUCAAGAAGACGGGAAUGUCUUUACUAUCUGACUGUAGGUUGUUAUAAAUCUGGCGAAUAUACAAUGGCAAAGAGAUAUGUAGAUACUUUGUAUGAACAUGAACCAAAUAAUAAACAAGUUAAGACAUUAAUGGAUAUGGUGGAAGAUAAAAUCCAGAAAGAAUCUUUGAAGGGCAUUGUGAUUGUUACGGGGUUGGUAGCCGCUGCAGCUACUGUCGUUGGUAUUGUCUUCAGAAAAAAAAAAUGA